GACGAUGGUCUCGUAGUCUAUGCAUCUUUGGUUCAGUACUUUCAUUUGAGUGGAAUUCGAUUGUAAAUAUUUUUAAAAAUUAAAAUUUUCGCGUCAAGUAAUGGCUUUUUUGCGUGUUACACGUAAAUGUGUAGUUCAAAAUUGGUUUACGAAUGUAAAUAACUAUGACAGAAUAACGGCAGUUAGUUCCGUUGCUUGUUUUAGUGUUUCUACAUCUAUGAGGAAGUCAUCUGCUGCCGGUGCAAUCAACUACGAUGCGAAAAUUGAAAAUAAUUCGCAAAAUCAGAUUCCAAAGGAUCCUUUAGAUCUUACAUUUUCGGACCCGAUAGCAGCCUUCAAGAGUAAAACAACUUGGGAAGUAUUGAGAGCAUAUAUCGUCUAUAAAAUAUGCUCUUUUGAUUAUGUAGUGGAGAAUAACGCCAAGUUAAUGAAACUUUGCCGUAAUCUAUUGGGAGACAGAGUUUUCAAGCUUUUGAUGCGAUCAACAUUUUAUGGUCACUUUGUUGCUGGAGAAGACACUGUAGCUAUUCGUCCAACACUGGAACGUCUUCGUUCCUUUGGCGUGAAACCAAUUUUGGAUUACUCUGUGGAAGAAGACAUAAGCCAGGAAGAAGCAGAGCGCAGAGAAGAGCUGGGUAGCGUGUCAGAAAUCGGAGAUGAAAAAACACAGGGUACAAUCCCCCAGUACCACAUGUCGAAGUCAUUUGCGGAUCGCCGUUACAAAGUUCAAAGUGCACGUACAUACUUCUAUUUAAAUGAAGCGCAGUGUGAACGUAAUCUAGAAACAUUUGAAGAAUGUCUUGAGAAGGUAUCAGGUGCAACUUAUGGUACUGGAAUUUGUGCUGUUAAGAUGACUGCACUUGGCCGCCCACAAUUGCUGCUACAGUUGUCGGAGGUGAUAAUGCGCACUCGUCAGUACAUGGCAGAAGUUGUCGGUGGUGGAGGCAAUGUGCUGACCCAUCAUGUGCGGCCAGAAGAACUAGAAAAGAAGUUUGAGCAGGCUUGCUUGCUGAAGGAGCAGCCUGUGAAAGAAUUUUUGGACAACAUCACGUAUGACAAGGAAGGAGUAAUCCAUCUCUUCCCAUGGAGUGGCAUCAUUGAUGAAAACCAGCAGCUAAGUGAAACCUUCCGGGUUCCUGAUCUGAAAACGGGUCGUAUGGUGCGCCUUAUUACGCAGCUAUCCUCCAAGGAGGAAGAAAUGUUUCGUAACAUGAUUCGUCGAAUUAACACACUAUGCAAGAUGGCCGCUGCCUUGGAUGUUCGUAUUAUGGUAGAUGCAGAGCAGACAUACUUCCAGCCUGCUAUCUCACGUAUUACACUAGAGAUGAUGCGGAAGUACAACAAGGACAAAGCUGUGGUAUUUAAUACGUAUCAAUGUUACCUGAAGAAUACUUUCAAGGAGACUACAACAGAUCUGGAGCAGGCAAACAGACAGAAUUUCUACUUUGGUGCCAAACUUGUAAGAGGUGCAUACUUGGAACAGGAGAGGGCUAGAGCAGCUGCACUGGGAUAUCCAGACCCCACAUGUAGCUCGUUUGAAGCUACGACUCAGAUGUACCAUGACACACUCGCAGAGUGCCUGCGUCGCAUUAAAGUGCUCAAAGAUACUACACAGCCGAAGAAAAUAGCAAUUAUGGUUGCAAGUCACAAUGAAAAUACUGUUCGAUUUGCCAUUGAAAAAAUGAAGGAAAUCGGCAUUAUGCCAGAGGACAAAGUGAUUUGUUUCGGUCAGUUGCUAGGAAUGUGCGACUACAUUACGUUCCCGCUAGGCCAGUCAGGUUACUCUGCCUACAAGUACAUUCCAUAUGGUCCGAUCAACGAAGUGCUACCAUAUCUUUCUCGCCGUGCUCAAGAAAACAAGGGUGUCCUCAAGAAGAUAAAGAAGGAAAAGUUUUUGCUUAGGACGGAAUUGUUUCGUCGCUUGAAGAUGGGUCAACUUUUUUAUAAACCCAAAGGAAAUUAUGUUCCUGUGUGAGCAGUAAAUGAGAAGAGAUGUAACACAUGUAGUAAGGCAGGCUUAUGAGAUGAAGCGAAAAUUGUUCUCUGUUGUCAUCAGGCAAAACUCAUUUUUGUAAUAAUCACACUUUUCCAGGAUUUUUGGUUUCUUUGUAACUAGAAUAAAUUGUUUUGAUUCAUCAUGGUAGACAAAUAGGAGAAGAAUUCAGUGCAUUUUAAUGAAAAGCAAUAAAUUAAUUGCAGUUGCUGUUACUGUUCAUAAAUGGGAACGUGUGCUGAUAAUAUAUCUUUUAGCCUGGAAGAGUGUUUAUUUGCAUUUUCGGUUACAUGUGGAUAACUCAUGGUCCUAAUGUAAUAUGAAUUGUUGCAAAGUAUCCUGUACAUAAAAAUACGUAUUUUUACUGUUAAAGGAAGAGUGAAAUAUUUGAUCUGUUGUUGAGUUUCUCGUUAAGUGUAGUUUUAUAUUGAAUCUAAUAUAGUUUGUCAUUUUGAUGUGGUUUGAAUGAAAUUUUUUUGUGUGUUGUAUGGAUCGUUAGAUGACACUCAAAUUGAGCAUGAUAGUUGUACAGUCAAGAAUUUGUUUUAUGUAGAAAAGAGUGUUACAAAAGCUCUGAAAUUUAAAAAAAAAAAAAAAAAAAAAGCUGUAUUAGUUAAUAUUAUACAAUCUUUUAUAACAAGUAAUUGGUCCUAGUAGAUAGUGUUUGUAACAUAAUCCCUCCAUCCCCCCCCCCCCUCCCCUCCACCAUGAUAUUUGCUGAACAUGAUAUUCGUGCUUUGGUUUAAAUGUACUUUCACCUUCCCUCUUUUAACGAAAAUUGUGAAACGGUUCUUCAGUUUUACUGUACACUAUGUGCAAUGAAGAGGUACUUAUUCCAUAAUUUGUUCUGUAUUUAUUUAAAACUGAUUUUGAAUGAUUUUUGUCAGUGUAACUUGUGAUUGUUAAUUAAGUAUAGAACACUAUAUCAGAUUAUGGAAUAUUAUAGUUUCUGGAGGAAUAUUAGCUGCGUAGUUAAAAUCCUAUUUAUUGAUGAAAACAUUUGCUUUGAAGAUGGUGAUAUGAUGGAUUUAGCUAUGUUUUUUUAUUUUUCUUAAAACACAGAAAAGGUCAAACAUUUAGACUCUUUUUCAUGAGGAAUUUCUAACAGUGGCCAGCGUAAGACUUUAAUUUGGUCCAUGGGUGAAUUUUUUGAAUGUAAUUAUUUAAGGAUACAAAUCAAUGAGACCUCUGUGCAAAAUUUGGCUUUCAAAACUAAACUAGUUUUUGUACUUGUCUGAAUUGUUAAAAGGGUUAUUUGCUAGCUUAUGAUUUUUAUUACUGUUGUGAUCUGUGGUACUUUUUAGUUCUUCAUUGUACAAAGUUUUAGAAUGUGUGAAUAUCUAUAUGUUUUGUUGUAAAUAUGUAUAGUUUUUAGGAGUAAAAAUAUAUUAAGAUUAUUUACCAAAAUAUGCAAGCACAUCAGAAAUUGAAUAUUGAUAAAUGUUUCAUAAGAAGAAUUGUGUUGCUGAUUUAUAAUUGAUUUAUGAAUUAUGUUCCAGGAAACUAAUUUUUUUUGAAAAUAAGUUAUGUAAUAGUUAUUUUUUCUCACGGAAACAAUGUUAUCUUUCCGGACAUAAAAUCAGGGGCAUGAUUUUUAUGUUUUCCAUCCAAUUUUUUGCUUUAAGCUUGACCUACUUUAACCAUUAUUUAAGGAUGUUCUUCAAACUCCACAUUUUUUUUAUUUACAGGAUUUACUUAAUUUUAAAGUUCAAAAUUUUAAAUUUAAUUUGAAAACAAUUGGAAUCACUCACCAGGUGUUCUAAACUGCUGUUCUUUCAUUUCUUCAACUAUAGACCAGCAGUGUGUUUCUCUUAAACAUACUUGAUUCCAAUCAGAACUGAAAUCACCAUGGGUAAAGUUGCUUGAAGCAUUUCCACCAUACCUUUGGCCAUCUUCCAAUCCUUGGCUGACAGUCCAUCCCUACGGUUUUGUACCAAGGCAGCCCUGUGGCAGAAACUAGGAAAUGUAUUUGUAUUAUUAGUUUUUGUUGCAGAAAAAAUUUAAAUAAUGGGCACAAUUGAUAUGUAAACAAAAUCAGACCAAUAUCAUGAGCAGAACUGGGUCAUGCAUUUAAUUUCAGUUUUGUGUACGCAGUAGACCAAGAUUUUUUUUUGUGAACACUAUGUAGCAAACAAAUUUUAUUUGCUUUCCAAGCAGCAGUGCCUUUGCUCAAACAAACUGUUUAACUUUGUGUCUUGUGUGCAUAUGUGUAAGAAGCACAGAUUAUAUUCUAGCGAUAAAUUAAAGUAUGAACUGGUGUUUAGAGGCUCUUGUGAGGCAUAUUAUAUGUACAUGACAAACAUGAUUUUUCUAUGGAAAAAUAUUCAAGCAUCUUAGAUCAUGUGACUAGCAUUAGUACCCCAUUUUAUGCAUUAUUUACACAAUGAGGCACAAAUUAGCUCCAGUCAUCAUGAUUUUCAACAUCCACUGACAACUUUAUGGGUUUCAAAGUUACAUGGUAAACUUUAAAUAAUUGAACUAAACCUAUGUGUGUGAUUACUUUUUGUUUUAUUUAUUGAUUUACAAAUUUAAAAAAAAAAUUGCUUUCUGUUUAAAAUGUAUCAUUACUUAUACAUACAUAGUUUAGGGCACUUGGGGAUUUAACUAACAGAUUGUUUCUUUAUAGUUUAGAUUUUUCACAAACAUAAUUCAGCAUUAUAGCAGUACCUAUUGUGCUAUGUGGCUAUGUUUAUCGUUGGUUGUUGCUACAGUAUGCAGAAUAUUUAAGGUUUCAUUUGCUGACAUCAUUGUAGCAGAAUUUUUUACUUUAGGAACAUUAAAAAUAUCAGUUACAAAUUCAGGGAAAGUUAUAUAUAUGUAAAUACGGUAAAAUGUCUAGGUAAAUAUAUUCAAGCUCCUAUUACUUGACGGUAAACAUACAUAACCUUUAGAGUUUCCUGAGGUCUCAUUGAUACUCGCAGCAGAACUCUGCCAUGAAAGUAUCCACAUAAUAAAUACCAUGUGUACUGAGGGUAGGUUGUGUACAUAAUUGUUACAUUGAACUUAAGAGUAUUAUAAGCUCAUGUUUCUUGAACAUGGUGGUGACAGUUUUUUGGGUGGUACUGUAUUUUUUGUUAAUGCUGUUUUGUUUCACGAAUUAAAAUGAGUACAUUAUUCUUUGUGUAUUUUGAUAUGAGCUACGGAUGUUCCUCUUUUUGUUAGUAUUAUAUCAAUGAUAGCAGAGAAAAACCUAAAGGUUUUGGUUCUUGGAAAUGUUAGUAUUAUCAAAAGUAGUAAGUUUAUUAGUAUUUUAGCUAUGAAAUUUAAACCGUAAAAUUUGGUUCUUGGCCUAAUGAGUUUUAUAAAUUGUAGUAACCAACUAGUGUUUUAGCCAUGACUGUAGUUUUUCAGUGUAAGCAAUGCCAAUGUUUCUAUUUCUGUAGUUAUAUAUAUAGAUAGGCUUUGUUUAGAUAUACCUCAGAAAACACAGAAACUGGCAUUCAACAUGCAGGUAUAAUUAGUUAGAGCAUUAAUAAUAACUUUUGUGUGAAACUUUGUAAUGGCUGUGUUUAAAACCUUGCCGCAAGAUGUACAACAUUUUUUACUGUCUAAAGUUUAGGUAGUGUGUGUUUUGAAACCCACUUAAUUGAUUUCCCAGCUCUUAGUGUAUUGUAGGGGAGAAGUUGAUGCUUGAUUGUAAAUUUACUGGUGUUUAAGAAGUAUUGUGAACUUUGGUGGUGAAAUUAAUUGUCAUUGAUAGUCAUGUUAUUUUUUUUUAAGUUUGUCUCAAGUUCCUUAUUUAGGAUCAGUAUUAUAAUUUUUUGUGAGUUUCAUAACUAUAUAGUAUCUGUGACUUGUCAGUAAUUAUAAAAUAUCCUUUCUGAGAUUAUGUUAUAAAUGAUGGAUAUAGGAUUUUCAGCUUUAACAGUAGCUAAAUAAAGGUUACUGAGCUCUAAAAAGCUAAGAAGAGCAUUGAAAAGCAUAUUCAAUACGAAAGUUUUUUUUUACUGCUAUGUGCUAAACAGUCAUGCACUUCUAUGGUGAUUUGUAAACUUAAUUUUCAGUUAAUUGUACAAUGUCUCUGUUAUAAUUUAUUUGAAAACAGCAUUUUUUUUAACAUAGUGCCCUUUUGUUAUUAAAUUUACAUUCUGCAAACUGUAGAGUGAAAGUAUGUUCGAAAAAAUUGAUUUGUGGUUUCUAGAGAUUGUUUUAGUGGAUUUUUGGUUUGUUGGUACAUAGAAUAGUAUUAAAACCAUUCAUGAUAAUGAAAUUAAAGAGGAUAGAGCAUUUAAAAUUAUUGAAAUUACAGUAAUUCCUAGCCAACUGCAGUUUUUCAAACCACAAAUUGUAAUUAUCUAUGAAUAUUAUUUUGUGGAUUAUUGUUUCAACCACUGAACAAAAAUUACCUUAUUUACAGUUUUCUGUUUUCAUGAAAUAUCUAUUAUAUGGGUAUUUUACACUGUUUCAUAAAUAAAGUAACAUUUUUCAUUGCUUUUAAUAAACAUUCUUUCAGUCAAUACAUGUUAUUGAAGUUUUUCCAUACAUAUUCGUACAUCAAAGCUAUGUUACAAAAUUUAAUUGACCAUAAUGCUAGUAAAUGAUGUUUCUCUGUAUUUUCACCUCCUUUGCUCCACCAAAAUUGUUAAAGGUAAGUUAAAAUUUUGAAUGUGUUUGCUCACGAGUAGUAUACAUGUCUAUUAGUGCUUUCUUUUAUUGUUAACGUGGGAGAAGUUUAAUUGAUCAUUUAAUAUGGAUUAAAAAAGCCAGUAAGUAACACUUAUAUUGUUUUGUAUCUGCUGUUUAGCUGAAAACCUUAAGUUCCAUCAUUUUUGGGCAAAGUAAGCACAAUAAGUAUUAUUGUAUGUCAAAGCCCAACAAAUGAUAGCAGGGAGAAGAAGCAUAAAGCCUGUAGUGGUUACAGAUUUUUUUAAGUUACAUGUCAAGUUUUUUUUAAAUACAGUAGAACCCUGUUAUAAUGAUUUUCAAGGAGCCAUAAGGGAAAAAAAAAACAUACGCAGGAACACACGUGCAGGAAAUAUCAAUGUAGCACUUGUCAGUGUUUGAAAUUUUUACAAAUGGACUCACCAAGCGAUGCAAAUAAAUAUAAUGUUAAAACCACUGAUGAGUUCACUUGAUGCUCAAAUUUGCUUAACCAAGCCAACAAUUUUUCUACUUCACCAUGCUUCCAGCUUCUAUUUUAUUUGUCUUUAAUGGCAAACUGCCACAAUAUCUGUUAAAACAAUUCACAAUUUGUGAUGACGAACUAAAUUAAACUCUUUAUCAGCAAUAGAAAACACUUUGUUUUUUAUUCUUGUCAUUGCGAAAUAGUUGACUGACUAAAAUAUUGUAGGAAUACAGACAUACAUUUGAAAAAAAAAAAAAAAAACACUCGAAUGGCAAGGAAUGGAAGGAUUUGUAAUUUUCUUUCUUCAGACAAGGGUGCCAACAGACAUUUAACUGUGAACAUUAUGUACCUUCAGUAUAUUGAAUACACAGCUUUAGCCAGCACUGACAUGUUACACUAAUGUUCUGGCACACUUACGCAGGAAAAUUAUAACAGGGUUCUACUGUAUGUAUUCCUUGAAGUAAUGGAUAAUACUUUGUGAUUUAAUUAUGAGAACUUUUUGGUCAAAUUAAUGGCAUACAUAACAAAUGUUUCCUAUUACGACCUGUAUUAAUCUGCUGUAGUUUCUUUCACAGUUGGCAAGGUAUUACUGUACAUGUGUGUUGUUAACCGCUUAAAUGCUUUUUAGAUAUUCAUGUGGCUUCAAAUUUUUGUAGUAUCUGAAUUUGGUAUACAUUUUAAUCCAGAUUAAAGUAGAUUAUUAACAGUAAGUUCUCAUCUAAUGUUGUGGUUUUAGUCAAAAUAAAUUUUUAUAUUACCUUUUUUUUUUUGCUAGAUCUGAUUUUUGCUGAAGAGCUUGUGAAUAGAGAAUAAUUUAAGUGUUUUGUGAUACUUUUUUUGUAUGCUUUAUUGUCAUGUUUAAAUUAGCUAGGUAAAUAGUACAAAGCUCAAUCUGUUUCACUUUUGUACAGUAUUGAGUUAUUUAUAGAUGCUUCAUAAUAAUAGAUACAAAAUAGUUGAUAGAUUUGGUUACAUUCUAAUACGUGUGUUAACUUUCUGCUGAUUCAAUCCAAUUUAGUUAAGAAUAGCUGAUAUGCUAGUUGAAUGAGUAAGAUAGUGGAACUCUCUUGUAAUGUAUUAAACUUACUUCUCACAGGAUAUCUCUGGUGUAAUGUUCAUUAAUGUCUGUCUGCCUGUGGAGACACACAUUUCCAUGGUAAAUAUGGCAAAAAAAAAGUAUUGUUUUUUUUUUUUUAAAUAUGUGUUAACAAAAACAUGAAAUUUGUACCUCUUCAUGAGGAAUAGAUGCAAACUAUUCUUCAUGCACAACUGUAUAUCUUUUGCAAAUAAAUUUUUCACCAAAAA